UUUGAUGGCUUGUUAGAAAACAUAUCACUAAUUAGUAAUGUAAUCUUUCAUGUAUAGGUUGCUGUUAAAAAAAUAUGAGCAUUACAGUAAAUGUAAUUAUAAUAAAUUUCAUUAAUCAGGUUUGAUAGCAUCAUCGAUAGUAUAAAUGAACAUAUCAAGAUGUAAUUAAAUUUCAGUUCAGUAGAGGAUGAUGAGCCCUGGAUUAAAAUGCUAUCAUGAAUAUUAACUAAAAGUAAAGGUAUAAAUUGUCAUCAUGUCAGAUUGGGAUGCAUAUGAAACACAUCCUGAUGAUGAUUAUCUAUUUGAAAAUAACACUGUAGCUGCAGAUGUAGAUCGGUGCCUCUACUAUGAUUAUGACUUUGAUCUGAGUUCUGCUGUCAUAUCUGGAAUGUAUUUAUCGUUUGGUGUUGUUUACACAUUGUAUGGCUAUCGAUGUUUCAAAGCUGUGAUGUUCCUGACUGGCUUUACAUUUGGUACAAUACUUGUCUAUUUGAUAUGCCAGCAAGAGGAUUUGUUGCCUGCAGCGGGUAAUGCUGGUGUUGCUCUUGGUGCAGGCGUUCUCUUUGGUCUGAUAACUAUGCUUGUACAGUAUGUUGGACUGUUCAUGACUGGCUUCCACACAGGAUUAUUUCUUGGUGUGGCUGUCCUUCUUGUUUCAUAUUUAUGGUACGUCCCGAGUACCAUAUGGCUAGUCGUUGCCAUCCUAAUGGGAUGUGGUUUAGCUGGUGCUGUUCUAACAUUGUUCUGGCAAAAGGGUUUGACUAUUAUAGGAACAAGCAUCUAUGGUGGUGCCAUUAUUGCUGUGUGUGCAGAUUACUUUAUAGAAAAAUAUAUAAUGAUCCAUUGGGUGUGGGAUAGAAUAAAACUUUCUACGUCACUGCCAGUUUGCUGGUUUUCAUGGUUUAUCCUUGGAGUUUGGCCAUUUAUGAUAUUGGUUGGAUCCCUUACACAGUGGAGAAUUACAGGGAUUGGUAUCCAUCACCAACAAAUGGUACCUCCCAGGCGUAGAACAAGAGAACUUAAUUUGCAAAGAAUUAGGCAAGAAUCUCGGGCUGAACAACGCCAAAAGAAAUAUCGUUAUCUUUAUCAAGUUCGAACUGCACAUGGAGAUGUUAUUUCUCAAAAUUUCGUUCACAGUAUGCAGAAGAAGGUGUGUCCUCCCCCAGACGAUAGUUUUACUACGUUACACUCAGACCUGACUCAUCUGACUAUUCUGAAUCCGUCAGAGAGCAUGGCCACAUCCAUCAGUCAGCUACCUUGAAAAUGAACAAAAGUCACUUUUUUUCAACUGCCAAGACAAGGGCUCUGGCUAUAAAGCUCGACAGAGAUCCUGUUUUACUAUAUUUUUUCUUUUCUUUAAAAAAAAAAGUAUAUUUACACCAUUCUAGCUAUUCUAUUUCAUAAUAUUUUGUAAAGCAUCAUUCUUCCCCUCCCACGAAACAAAGGACGCCCAGUAUCUCCUGUGUUGAACUGGAAUUCUGUUAGAGGAAGGGAGCUGUUUGUUCUUUUUGGUGAGAAUCAAAAGAAACUGAACUGACUGUUGUUAAGAGAGGCUGAUCUGUUGCUCUAUAAAUAAGCAGUGUCACAAAGUCCGGUGAGAUAUUGGUGCCUUUUUCAAAGUGUCAAACUGUUCCUCCGUUUGACAUUGUUGUCCGCAAUUAGAUAUUUUCUUUCAAAUUUGUCACAUAAAAUGAUAUUUAAUACUGAAAUGGAUUUAAAUAUUAAUUAUUCUGGCAUGUUGAUGAUUUUUCAUACCAACGUUAUAAUUUUUUUUUAAUAUUCUGAUUUGGUACAGCUAUGUCAGUGCUCUCUCUUUCUUGCAUUCACCUAAAUCUAAAUACUUGAAGACAAUUUAACCGACCCAAGCAAAAUUCAAGCUAGGAAAGACUUUAUAGUAAAUUAUUUAAAAACUAUGCUCUGCAGUGUAAAAAAUCACUUUCAAUCUCUUUCUUUUAAAGAAAAAAUAAUAAAAUAGGUUUACAUUAGUUUUAAGUUUAGCGAAUAUGUUAUAGAGAAUUUGCUUAUAGAAUAGUAAUGAGGAAAUUCUAGUUUUUUAUAAAUUGAAUGCAUCACUUAUUUCUGCUAUUAAGUUAAACUAAUUAAUUUAUUUGCUAACAGAAUUCUCAUGUUAAGAUAAAAUCUUGGGGGCUUUUUCAAUAUAAUUAUGAACAUGGAAUUUUUCAAUUGGCAACCACAUAUCAUAGCUUACCUAACAAUUGAUUGUCGCAAAAUGGAAUUUUUUUUGCAAAUAGAUAAAUUGCUCAAAUCAAAAUAUUUUAAAGCCUUUAAAAUUUAAUUAUUAACUCUAGGUAAUCACAUAAGUAAAUGUUUGAUUUUUUAAUGAUAUAUAUAGCUGCCCUCAAUAUGAAAUUUUAGAAUCCUUAUAAAAAUGAAUACAAAAAAAUGAGCACAUUUAAAUUAAUAAUUUUAGAUAAGAAAAGACAAAAACGCUAUUGAAACAUGGCGAAUCACUCCAGAAAAGUGGAAUUGAAAAUAACAAUACCUUUGGGAGAAACAGCAAAGUUGAAAGACUAUUAUGAAACACCUUCAAGUUUCAAUCAAAGAUUUUCUCACUCAACAUCAAAUAGAUUUUACAACUCAGAGCUUUACUUGGAAUUGCAAGUAACAUAACAAUGAUUAUUCUAUGUAUUAAAAACCAUACACUAACUGAAUAAAAUUUCCUUCUAAAAUUCGGCAAUCUAGGUACAAGGUAUAAUUUUUUAAAAUUUAAAGUGUUAGAAUUAAAUUUUUAAAAAGUAUUCUAGGUUGUUUUGUAUUUUUUUUGACUUAAAGGAUAUUCUAAACUAUUUUAAUUCUGUAACUCUGGCAAUCAUAUCCCCUUUCAUAAAAGCAGCUUAGCAUUUUUACUUACGAAGUCCAAUGCUGAGUGGAUAAAAAAAAUACUCUUAUUAUAUCAUGCUAAUUUAACAAUUUUAUUGUUAUAAUUAAUUAUACUUACAAACAUAAUUAUUAAAAUUAAAUCUAAUGGAAAUGGGAAGUAAACUAGUUCUGCAUUCGCUGAAAUUCUUCCAGAACUAGAAGGAUUGACAUCAACAAUCAGUGAAUGUCUGUUCUACUUUUGAAGCUUGCUUGAUGAAUUUAUUGUGAAAAUGUGCCAUGCAAAGUAGGCUAUAUCCCAUUAAUAAAGACAGUUUUACUAAAACAAAAAUUUAUUAUAAAAAUAAAACACUGUAUGAUUGAGAGAGUACUCAUUUUAUAACAAAUGUAAUAAAUAGCCAAAACCAACAAAUGAAUUAAAAAAAAAUUGUAACUAGUGUACUGAUGAUAUUCAAGCAUCCUUACUGUCAUUGUCUCUUUGCCAUAUUAUAAAGAAAGCCUUAUAUUUUUUUAUUGCUUCUGGCUUUUAAUGUUUAUUCUAUGAUUCCAUUUAUCAUGUCAAGAAGACUAUCAAUCAUUCUAGAACAUUUUAAAGGCAGCUGUUUUUAUUAUCAUCUACAUGUUCUAUGCAAUGUUUUUGUAUGAUUUUACAAUUUGUAGCACAUGCAUUCCAUCUAUGAUGAGAUGUUUUCACUGUUUUUAAAAAUGCAGACAAUUAAUGCAGAUGUUCAUUUUUAAUUAUUUAUAUAUGUAUUUUUUUUUUGUACAUGCAUGUCAAUCAGUAUUUAUUUAAUUCUAUUUAUGAUUUGUUUUUUCCUUGUGUAUGUUUUGAAAUGAGUCAAUGGGUAAAGUGGCAAUAUUAUUUUGUAAGACUCAAAUGUGGUUUUAUGGUUUCUAUUCCUGCAAAAGGAAUCUGAAGUCUUGAAUAUUUAGUCAAUUAUGUAUAGAGUAUUAAUUUUUGAAUACUGCUGCUCAAGAACUUGAAGAUAUAUAUAUAGCUCUUUUUUUUGUUCCCCACUGCCAAAUAAAAAACUCUAUUUGACUUUUU